CACCAGUUAACAGUGAGAGUUGCUUCGUCUGCUGAGUACCCUCAAGAAAACGCAUAUUGAGAUAAUCGGUGAUGAAUACGGGACAGGCGCUGUACGCCCCUCCUGUAGCUGGGGUGCCGAGCCCCACUGCCCCGCCAGUUUUCGAUAAUGUCCCUGGUUAUGAGGGCACUGUAAUCGGUGGAGGAGGAUUUCUGCCCCCUCCCGCACCCUUGUACCCGUCUCCUCCGCCCGAAACGGAGCCUUCGCAACCAGACUGGAGCAUUCCGUCUAUCACAGAGGAUACUGCAAGGGAAGCCUUUCGUAAGUAUGUAGACAGCAAGUGCUGCUACAGUUCAGGUCCAGUGGAUGAUGGUGUGAUAACCAGUAUGGAGGCAUUCAACACAUACAGGUAUCGUUUGGAGACCUUCACCGAAUUUAGAUCAACAGAGUGGGCCAAUAAGCCUUAUGAUGGGCAGCCUGUGAAUGCUUACACGCAGCAGCCACCAGGACCCUGGGACAUCCAAGUUCAACCACCAACCAUGUUUAAAGACAACACUGAGGACGUCCAGGUGCCUUAUACCUCAUCUGUGAAGGGCUGUCACACGUGCUUUGCAACAGGGAAAUGUCAGUGCUCUGAGUGUACUGGAUCCGGUCACAAAGCAUGUUGGGUGUGUAGUGGGUCUGGAGUUCGUGCUGGAGAUGAGAGCUGUACCCGCUGCAAUGGAACAGGGAGAGAAAGCUGCUCUGAAUGUCACGGCCAAGGAACUAUAGAGUGUGAGACCUGCAAGGGGAAGAAACAACUCCUUGUGUACAUUAACCUGAAGGUGGAAUGGAAAAACAAUGUUGAGGAUUUCGCGGUACAACAGACAGGUGGUUUUGAUUCUGCCAACUUGGGUUCUGUGACUGGAAAGAAGCUCUUUGAAGAUACCAAGUACAUGGUGUAUCCGGUUUUGGGCUUUCCUGAUCCUAAUGUGUCCCAGGCAUCUGAGCGUCUGGUGAGAGAGCAUCAAAGCAAAUUUUCCCAGACAAGCCGCAUCCACCAGCAGAGACAAACCAUUGAGUUGAUUCCCAUCACCAAAGUAUCCUACAAAUGGAAAGGGGGCUCACACCUUUACUUUGUUUAUGGAAAUGAGUUUAAAGUCAGUGCAGAUGACUACCCAGCCACUUGCUGCUGCAUUCUAAUGUAG